AGAAUUUUAAGAAAUGAAUUUCAACGUCUGGAAUAUCAAAGAGAUGCUCAGCAUUCCCCCAGGCCCAGGGACUAAUAAACCAUCUAGUUGGAAUAACAAUAAUGACUACUCCAGCCUCACUGAUUCCCAGUUCCUCUUUGGGUCCCAGUUCUGUCCGGAAAAUUCACAAUCACUUACAGCAUCUUUGGACUUCAAUACCCACUUGAGACAUGCCAAAACUUCACAACAGAACUCUGAGGAUAGUGAACCUAGUUUUUUCACAAAGUAUCAAGCAAAACCCCAGCUGUUUGGGGGCGAUUCAAAGGGUGGAAAUUUACUUCUUCCUCAUUUGCCUAUUGGAAAAUCAAAAGGUAUCCUGGAGCAGUUUGAGGAGAAUAAGAAGAGAGCACAAGAUAAACAGGACAGGUAUGCAAAUGCACCUAAAGACAGUGAGACUCUAAGCAGCUUAAUUUUCUAUGUCAGAGAAAGCAUGCACAUGUUGCAAACAUCUGUGCAAAAGUUAGAAGAAGACUUCAAUGCAAGAAGUCAGUCCAUUUUGGAUUCACUGGAAGCAGCUGCUAAGACGUUGCAAGAGAAUGCCCAAGCCCACUGUGACUUAUUGUUAGAUGCUCUACGAGACAGAAGCAGAGUGGAGCAGAGAAUCCUGGAGAUGGAAAAGCAACUGGAAACUAGAGAGGCAGCAUUUUUAGAUAUGAAAUCCAGUCUGAAGCAUCUCGAAGUCCUAGCAGCUGAACACAGCAAACAGCACCAGAGGCUCUGUGACCAAUUAGAUCAGCUCAGCUUCCCCAAACUCUUAGCUGAAAUGCAUUCACUUGGUUCAGAAGCUCAGUUACCCUUACAUGUGAAUGAUGGAAGUUCUCAGACCCUUCCAGCUCUACUCCAGGCCUCCAGUCUCAUCAGCGAAGGGAAAUCAAUCUCAGAAUCACCAGAUACAGAGGAAACUAUCAUGCUCCUUCCGCACCUGAAUCCCCUCACAUCAUCAUACCAAUAUGAAAAAUAUAGUAUCGAGAAGCAAGAAGCUGAAGGUGAAACUCACAGACACAAGAGAAAUGCGGCUACUUUUUGGCUCGACAGGAGAACCUGGAGUGUAAAGGAUGAAGCUGUGCAGACUGAUUUAGAGCCUCAGGCUCCUGCUAAGAGGUUGUGUGAGAACUGUGACUCCAGUAGCAAGAUUUACAGGGAUCACUACAAAAGAGACUUGAUGGUUCAAGAAACAUCUCAAUUUUCAUCAAUGACUGUGAAGGACUUGGUCACUAAGGCCAGGCCCACAUGUAUUCUGCAAGAAUAUCAGCCAGCAGCUCUAUUUGAUAGUAAUACAUAUGAUCAAAAUAAAGGGCUUGAACAGAAAGGCAAGAGUAUAGACAUAAGAAAAAGAGCAAAGAGGAAAAAGCCCAGGAAAGUUCACAGAGGCACCUUUAUAAGAAGGAAGAGUUCAGGUCUUUCAAGAAAUACCUCUAAUUUCAGCUCAAGAGUAGGGAGUUCUCAGUCUGCAGCCUCUGGGCAACAAGAUGUGUUUCUGGAUCAUGUGGAGGACCCCAGGCAGCCCUUGCCCCUGCUGUGUCACUACAAAACUCUACAGCCUAUAGUGAAAGGAAGAGGAAGGACAGAGAAGACAGAGAGGGCAGCUAGCCCCUCCAAAGAAGCAACCAACUUCUUCCUCUGUGAUUGCUCGUCUCCCUUUCCAGAUAGCACUGAAGGGGAUAAGCAGAUGAGGUGGUUCAGUGAUAUCAAUUCUGACAACUUGAGCAGCCCUAAUGCUGUGGAAGCCGAGGAAAGCACACUUUAUGCCGUUGCUUUUGACAGCAGCGAUGAAGAUGGAGACUAA